GCACUCUCGACCCUGUCAUCGUUCCAUUAUUAGCGAUCAGAACGAUCCACAUAGUCAGUGUGUCGAUCGCACGACAUUCCUCAAUUAAUAGGUCAUCGUCACUGUAGAUUGUAUAAUUGAAGAACGCCGAUGAGACAUUUGCAUUGUACAUAACUGGGUUUCGUCAACGAAUAUAUACAAAUUUCAAGGCAUAAACCAACGAGCUUUAACUACUAUUGUACAAACUGAGUCACUAGAACAGGGAUGCACUAAAGUCUAUGAUUGAUUAACCUUUAGCGCCAUAGGUUGCUAAUUUAGGUGUCGAAACGUAGAUACUCCGUUUCUCGCACUCACUGACUCUGUCAGCUUCCUCUCAUUUGAACUCAUUAAUCAGAGUGCCACCAAAGUAAUUGGAUCGGUGGAACCCGGAAAGAGUAUCUGGUUAAUCGAAGCGAGCGGUGAAAUUGAUGUGAAUUUGAAGAAAAGAAAAAAUAAUAAUAAAAACGUCACAAGCAACGACAACAAAUAAAGUAAAGUCAAGCAAGAAAUCCCAAGAGAGACACAGAGGGACUUUUCAAACGGAAAAAAAUAAAAAUCAAGAUGGCGCUGAAAUUUAGCAUUGGCAACUUUUACGAAACAUACAUCCUUUCUCCAAAACGGAUGAACUCAAUGGAAAUCAAACUGGCACAUGUGCAUCCACUGCGUGUCAAAAUUCAAUGUCGUCCCGCUAGCAGUUCUUUCGUUUCCAUCGACAGUUAAGCCAAAUCCCAUCAAAGAAUCCAAAGGCAGUAAUCCGCGACAAUAAUAGCCAGUUAAUUAGUUAACGCGUAAUAAAUAAACGUCAGGAGUAUAUCCAUCGUGCAAUUCGACCAUGGGAGUGUAAAUACACGCUUAAGAGAUAAAAAAUAGAAACGUAGGAGGAAAAAAUAAAGAAAUAUAGUAUCUCUCCCCCUGUUUCCCAUCCUCCUCCCAGCCACCUCUACCCCCCUAGCCGCCACACUGUGUACCCCCUCUGAAGAGCACACGCUCUCUUGCUAUAAACAUGCAUGAAUACCAGAGAAAUGAGUGCAGCCAGAACAAUACAUAGCCAGUAUGCCAAUUCGAAAUGGGGCCAGAACGGUGGAGAUCGAGUUGUCAGUUGGGCAACGAGCCUGGGACUAAAAACCUGUCAAAGCACCUUGCUUUUAGUCCUCGUUUGACAGUAACGACAAUCCAUUCGUAGACACUGGUUGUACGGAUUAAUAAUAAUUCAUUAAUAUACGGCUAACAAAUGUCCCAGGAGUGACGCGUGUGACGGUUUUGUUUACAGAUUUAAAAGAAUCCUUAUUAAAGAUCUCUUGAUCGUAACGCAAGCGACAAUAAUAAAGAAAAUACUAGUGUUAUUAACGGUAAUACUAUUUGAAUUUGCCGCGUAAAAUAGCACUCGGAGUAUGACGAAAAAGCAAACGGUGAUCGUAAGGUUGCGUAGAUCGAGCAGGAGUCAGCCUUGGGGUAUAAGAAUCGUUGGUGGUGCUGAUCUUGGUACACCGAUCAUCGUCACCCGUUCGGAGAACGAAGAACUCCAGAAGGGUGACGUGAUCAAGAAAAUCGAUGACUAUGACGCGCGGGACGUCCGCCACGUGGACGCGCAGAAUCUUCUUCAAAAGUCAGAGUCUGUAAAGCUUGUCGUGGAAAGGUCUGAGCCGAUCGGAGAGAGUCCAUCACGUACUCCGUCACGUACUCCGUCACGAACUUCAUUGCGAAAUCACACCCCACAACUUCCGGUUGUCGAGUCAAACGUAGAUGAGAACAAGGCGGCGGUUGAUAGUCUGCCAAAGGUGACCAAGCCAAAAGUAUUACCCAAGAGUCCUGUACCACCUGUGGAAGAAUACAGGGCGUAUUCACCGGAUUACUUCAACCCGCCUCAUGAUCAUCUUGACGAAGUACGCGAAGAAAGAGUUUACCUGGAACAGCCCUAUCGUACGACUCCAUUGGUCUUACCUGGUGCCAAGGUCAAAAAGGAUGCCCCACUGGGCGAAUGUUACUUGCGCCAUCAUCCAAAUCCAAUGAUCCGUGCAUCACCUCACCAUUACGAAGUAGCUCAUCCGGAGGUUGCUAUGAAACAAAAAGUGGCGGAAACGGUUCUACAGCGCGUCUUGGGACCGAAUGAUGUUCCAAAGGUCGUCCAUAAGCAAUUCAAUUCUCCCAUUGGUCUCUACUCCGAGCAAAAUAUCGCAGACACUAUUAAAUGUCAGACUUCUGCCGUACCCAUUUUCAUAGAUUUUUCCUUCCUGAAACAAAAACGGCAAAUACAGGAGCAAGCGAGAAUCUUAAAAGAGCAGGCCAUGGCUGCCACCGGGAAGAACGUAUGGCCCCAAUUCAAUAAGCCGAAUUAAAGAAAAGUCUCGUUAAAGAGAUUCCAAGAUAUUUUCAAAAUUGUGAUCGUUCAAAAUUUCCAAAGUCCUGCCAACCUCAAAAAGAAAGAAGUUUUUCAAAAUUUUACAUCCACUCAAAAGGAGAAAGGAGAAAAGCUCGAUUGAGUUCGAAAGAAUUUUCAAAAUCGACGCUUGCCUAUCCCUACUCGUAAAAUUCUAAAUUAUUCUUCUCUUUAAAAAAAAAAAACCGCUCGCUAUCUUCCGAACACAAUCAAUGAAAUAUCUUACGAUCGAUUAUCAGUUAGCUCAUAUCCCCUAUACUCCAUUUGGUAGAUUUGCAGUGACUCUUAAAUAUCCGCAUUCGUUUCGUAAGUAGAAUUCAACGAAACAGGCAGGAGAGUUAAAUGAAAAUUAUUUUAAAAAGCCCCAUGGAAUUAACAGUACGAAAAAACAAAAUAAAAAACCCAUACCCCGUAUGCAUGCAUAGGAGUAACAAAUAAGUCAAAUCCAUACGUAACGAAAGUAUACAAAAAAGAAAAGAAAGAAACCUAACCAGGAUGGUUUACCUCAUUGUAAAUAAAUAUUAACGAGUGCGGCUAGCAUUCUGAAAAUAGUUUUAAAAAAUUCCAAUUUCGCAUCGUUCAACAGUACACAAUUUUUACGAGAAAAAGAAAAAGUUCUACGAACCAAAAAGAUACUCGCGCAGUACAAAAUAUCCAUUGAAUGUCCACAGGAUAUUCUUAGUAUGUUUGUGCUGCGUGUCACCAUCUUCGAGAACUUAACCUCAAAUCGAGACUUUAAAAAGCCUUUUGGUUUGCCUUACGGAAUCGCGUUAUCUAGCCACACGCUUUCGUUUCGUCAGCCUGUGCACGUAGAAAAGUAGACAAGAAAUGCACGUGGGUUAUGCGCGAAUAACGCGUUCGAAUUGGCAGUAAUAACAAAAAUUGGCUAUUCGUGAAUUACUGAAUAACGCGAAAUUACAAUUAAGCAUUCCCACGUAAACU